GUCGCCGAUUAUUGUCUCAGUGCAGUUGUCAGUUGCAGUUCAGCAGACCGGCUAACGAGUACUUGCAUCUCUUCAAAUUUACUUAAUUGAUCAAAUCGAAAGAGCCUGCUAAAGCAAAAAAGAAGUCACCAUGGCGUUUACUUUGACCAACAAGAACGUGAUUUUCGUUGCCGGCCUGGGAGGCAUUGGUCUGGACACCAGCAAGGAGCUGGUCAAGCGCGACCUGAAGAACCUGGUGAUCCUCGACCGCAUUGAGAACCCUGCUGCCAUUGCCGAGCUGCAGGCAAUCAAUCCAAAGGUGACCGUCACCUUCUACCCCUAUGAUGUGACCGUGCCCAUUGCCGAGACCACCAAGCUGCUGAAGACCAUCUUCGCCAAGCUGAAGACCGUCGAUGUCCUGAUCAACGGAGCUGGUAUCCUGGACGAUCACCAGAUCGAGCGCACCAUUGCCGUCAACUACACUGGCCUGGUCAACACCACGACGGCCAUUCUGGACUUCUGGGACAAGCGCAAGGGUGGUCCCGGUGGUAUCAUCUGCAACAUUGGAUCCGUCACUGGUUUCAAUGCCAUCUACCAGGUGCCCGUCUACUCCGGCACCAAGGCCGCCGUAGUCAACUUCACCAGCUCCCUGGCGAAACUGGCCCCCAUUACCGGCGUGACCGCUUACACCGUGAACCCCGGCAUCACCCGCACCACCCUGGUGCACAAGUUCAACUCAUGGCUGGAUGUUGAGCCCCAGGUUGCCGAGAAGCUCCUGGCUCAUCCCACCCAGCCCUCAUUGGCCUGCGCCGAGAACUUCGUCAAGGCUAUCGAGCUGAACCAGAACGGAGCUAUCUGGAAACUGGACUUGAGCACCCUGGAGGCCGUCCAGUGGACCAAGCACUGGGACUCCGGCAUCUAAGAAGUGAUACUCCCAAGAAACACAUAACAUUAGUUCAUAGGGUUCUGCGAACCACAAGAUAUUCACGCAAGGCAAUAAGGCUGAUUCGAAGCACACUCACAUUCUUCCCCUAAUACGAUAAUAAAACUCUCCAUGAAAAAUA